GAGAGAGAGAGAGAGAUAUCUUCCAUCUGCUGGUUUGCUGGUUCACUCCCCACAUGGCCGCAAUGGCUGGGGCUGAGGCUGGGCCGGGCCAGGCCAGAGCCAGAGCCAGGAACUUUUUCUGGUUCUCUCAUGUGGGUGCAGGGGCCCAAGGACUUAGGUCAUUUUCCGCUGCUCUCCCAGGUGCAUUAGCAGGGAGCUUGGAUGGGAAGUGGAGCAGCUGGGAUUUGAACCCGCAUCCUAUGGAUUGCCGGCAUUGCAGGCAGCGGCUUGACUAGCUUGGGCCCAACACUGGCUCCAACACGAGUAUUUUCUAAGCCAGUUGUCUUUCAGAUGUGGAAAGCAGUUUGUUUUGACAAUUUUGCAUCUAGAAGGGUAGGUCACACCACCACCCAUUCCUCUUCUUUAACAGUCUCAAGGCACAGCAAUCAAAUCUCUACCCCUGUUUUUAUUUUAAAGAAAAUCCUUUUGUGGCAAAACUUAACAGCGAGCUUUUGACAAAACCAUAGACACCCGUCUGUUAGAGGGGCCUCCUUCAAGUUGUUUUUGUGGCUUGAGGGUUCUGGGAGUGGGUGCAGCCUCCAGGAGGGACAGGGAAAAGCAGAAAAGGGGAGUCUGUUCUUUAGAAAACAAAAGAAUCCAAGCUCAAGUGCAAGGUCUGUGUGGGUUGUGCUCCAGGAGAGCUCCUGGGUCCUUCUUGGCUCCACUGUGUUCUCUAGGGUCCCCUUGCCUGCAGUGUGUGCACAGCCUGUUUGCAAACCCAGGGCAGGUCUCCUUGGCAGCCACAACCAUUAGCGCUAAUGACACGCCUGGGCUCCCCUGGGCAGGCACCGCUGAAGUUAGCUGGCAGCCAGGGCAGGUCUGUCAAUGAUUGCCUGGCAGCUGCCUUGGAAACUCGGCUCCCUCCAUGUUUUCUGGCUGCAUUCUUGAAAGCAGAGAAGGACGCAAGCUGUGGAGCUGGGCGUUAUCCAGCCAAGCCCUGCUGAGAUCCAGGGAGAACGUAGAGUCUCCAGCGUGAUCGGCUGUAGAUGUUGCCAGCUCCUGCUUUUUGGUCAAGAAGUCUCAGGCCCUCUCUCAGCUCUUUGGCUUGCUACCGUGGCCUUGGUGGCACCCUGCCCCGGUGGUGAGCCCGGGGCUUCCUCCGCCCAUGCAGACACCGCUUCCCACGACUGAGGGCCUUACCGGCCCCCUCUUUGGGGCUUACACACUGCCUACCUUCAAGUUCCAGCCUCGCCGCGAAAGCAUAGACUGGAGGCGCAUUAGCGCCCUGGACGUGGACCGCGUGGCCCGGGAGCUGGACGUGGCCACUCUGCAGGAGAACAUCACCGGGGUCACCUUCUGCAACUUGGAUCGGGAGACCUGCAGCCGCUGCGGGCAGCCGGUGGACCCGGCGCUGCUGAAGGUGCUGCGCCUGGCGCAGCUCAUCAUCGAGUACCUGCUGCACUGCCAGGAUUGCCUGAGCACCAGCGUUGCCCAGCUGGAGGCGCGGCUGCAGGCCAGCCUGGGCCAGCAGCAGCGUGGCCAGCAAGAGCUGGGCCGACAGGCCGAUGAGCUCAAGGGCGUGCGGGAGGAGAGCCGCCGGCGCCGCAAGAUGAUCAGCGCGCUGCAACAGCUGCUCAUGCAAACAGGUGCCCACAGCUACCACACGUGCCACCUGUGUGACAAGACGUUCAUGAACGCCACCUUCCUCCGAGGCCACAUGCAGCGCAGGCACACAGGCACGGCAGGAGGAAAGCAGAAGCAGGAGGAGCCGGUGGAGGAGGUGUUAGAGGAGCUGCGAGCCAAGCUGAAGUGGACCCAAGGGGAGCUGGAAGCCCAGAGGGAGGCCGAGAGGCAGCGGCAGCUCCAGGAAGCAGAGCUUACUCGCCAGAGAGAAAUUGAAGCUAAGAAAGAAUUUGACGAAUGGAAAGAGAAAGAGCAGACCAAGUUUUAUGGGGAACUAGAUAAGUUGAAAAAACUAUUCUGGGAUGAAGUUCAAAGUGUCGCCAACCAGAACUCUACGCUAGAAGAGAAGCUUCAGGCACUGCAGUGUCACAGCGUGACUCAGUCCAACCUUGGAUCGCUGCGGGAUGAGGAGUCAGAGGAGCGACUCCGGCAAGCGCAGGAGCUGCAGGCCCUCAGAGAGAAGAUGGAAACUCAGAGAACAGAGUGGAAGAGAAAAAUGAAGACCCUGCGUGAGCAGCACACGGUUGAGAAGAGAGAGCUGAAGGAGGAGAACGAGAGGCUCCAGGCCACCCUCACUCAGGACCAGAGGAAGGCGGCGGCCCAGUCCCAGCGCCAGAUCAGCGCGCUCCGCGCCCAGCUGCAGAAACAAGCCCGCCUCAUCGCCUCUCAGGAGGAGAAGAUCCAGGCCUUGUCCUGCAGGAAGGCCGAGGGGACCCCGGAGGUGCCCAAGGCUGUGGACACAGAGGAGGACUCUUCUGAGGAAGAACCGGAGGACCCCCGGGAGGAGCAGCGGAAGGUGCUGGCGGCUCUGAGGCGGAACCCUACCUUGCUGAAGCAGUUCAGGCCAAUCCUGGAGGACACCCUGGAAGAGAAACUGGAAAGCAUGGGGAUCAAGAGGGAUGCAAAGGGGAUCUCGCUUCAGACCCUCGGACGCCUGGAGUCGCUGCUGCGAGCCCAGCGGGGGCAGAAGGCCAGGAAGUUUGCGGAAUUUCUGAGGCUGAGGGAAAAACUUGUGGAGGAAGCCAGCAGCAGAGUGGAGGAGAGGCAGAAGGGGGCCGCAGGGUCCCAGCCAGUCCAAAGCCGGCGGAGCACGCUGGUCACCAGAGAGGCCCAGCCAAAGCCCAGGACCCUGAAUGUGGCCUUGCCCUCCAAGCCAGCACAGCCGCCCACGCCGGCUCCUCAGACCCACAACAGCCGUGGCCCUGGCCCCACUCAGGUGUCCACCCCUGUUCCCCGUCCCAGAGCCAAUGGACCUCCCAGCACUGCUUCCCCAGGGCCUGGGCUGAGCACCACGUCCCCAUUCAGCUCUGAGGAGGACUCGGAAGGAGACGCUGUGAAGCCUCUGUCUCUUCAGCCCCCACAAGCUGCCCCCCGGAUGGCGGCCCGGGCAGGGGAUGGCUGGGACUGGUCUGACACCGAGACCUCCGAGGAGCACGCCCAGCCCCCUGGACAGGGCUCAGCGGGGCUGGCUUCCUCUGAAACCCUCGUGCAGUCCAUGGUCCGGAAUCUCGAGAAGCAGCUGGAGACGCCCGUGAAGAAGCCCUCAGGAGGGGUUAGUCUGUUCUCAAGGCCGAGCACUGGCCCACGGGGAGCGGCCCCGGCAGGAAGGAAGGCCCAGUUUUCUGAAGAUGAGAGUGACCUGGAGAUCUCGUCCUUGGAAGAUAUUUCCCAGGACUUGGACCAGAGAGAGAAACCGAAGCCCUUAUCUCGCUCGAAGCUCCCAGAGACGUUUGGCAACAGUCCUUGGAGCUCUGGCCAAUCCAGGGUCGCUGGCUGGUGAUCUCUCCCCUUGUCUGGUGUCUCGCGAGCCAGCCUUGUCACCUGGCUGGGGCCCUCUUGGGUCCCAUACCAGCAGAACAGGCUUCUGAGCCUCUUGUCUGUACCAGCGAGCAGGAGGUGUUGGCUCUGGAAAGAAGCAGCGCAGGGGAUGUGUGUGAUCUCUCCCCUCCCUGCCUGUCGGAGGUCCUGAACCCAAGAGCCAGGGCUGCUGGCUCGGUCCCCAGGCCCCAGAGCUUGAGAAACGGUUAGAACAGGACCUCCGCGUGGUUUCUUUUCUCCGUCUCCAUGUGCGCUCCAAUGGAAGUAGUCACUUGGUCUUUUUUCUUGAAACUUUUGUAAGGAACACUGUAGAGAUGAACCCUAUAGGGUUUUUUUGGGGGGGAGGGGCACGUAAGCCUUAAUCAUGCAAGGGUCGAUCCGAUUUCAGUUACUGGGUGUCUACUAGGUGUGAGUUCUCCAGCUCUCUCAGUCCUGAGCUGGGGUACAAGCGGAGGUGGGUGGAAGGACACCCACGAGGCAGUGCCAGCACAGGGCAGUGACCUGGUGAUGGAGUUAGGGUGCUCUGGGAGAGCUUGAGAGGCUGCCAACCCCAGUGUGGGGGCAACCUUGGAAUGUUUGUGACCCUGACAGGGCCUGUUCAUGAGUGGGAGGAAAAGGGGGCCAGUGGGCUGGAACCUCGUGUGCCCACAGGACCACCAACUGAAGUUUUGAUAUUAUCUCUAAAAUCAGGUUGUGCACUAGGAGGAUUUGAAAGGUUGAUUGAAAAUCAUUUAUCUAAUUGAAAGAAAUCGGGGUGGGGGUGGGAGUGGGGAGAGAGAGAGAGAGACAGAGAACUCCCAUUUAUUGGUUCAUUCCCCAAAUGCCUACAAUGGCUGGGAUUGGCUUGGGCUAAAGCCAGGCUCUGGAAACUCAAUCCAGGCCUCCCAGUGGGUGGCAGGAACCCAAUUACUUGAGUCCUCACUGCUGUCUCCAAAGCUCUACAUUGGUGGGAAGCUGGAGCCAGGAAUUUAACUCAGGCCCUCUGGUGUGGGACAACGGUGUCUUAACCAGCAGGCUAAAUUUGCCUGCCAUUACGCUGUCGUCUAAUUACUUACUUUCUGCAGAGUUUUUGAAAUGCCCUCAUCCAUGAUCAUUAUAUUUUUUUGGUGUGAAAAAUGUUAAUUUAUUGUGUGUAUUUAAAAUAUACCACGGUGUUUGUAA